UGGGCCUGAUUGUCCAGGACCUUGAGGUUCAGGCCAGUAGGAUUUUGGGGGGCAGAGGGUGAUGUAUAUCAUGAGUAUUACUCUGACAAUCGUGAACAUUGUGGAUUGAGUGAGAAGGAGCCUCCGUUCAAGGCUGGUGGAGUAGGGUAGAUGUGAUGUGAUUAAUGCCUGAACUGGAGUGAUUGGAAUGGAGAAGGAUAGGUAUAAGAAAUGUAGGGAAGAAUGCAUGGGACUUCGGUUUGAAAGGAGAGGAAGGGGAGUUAGAAUGUUUUAGGUAAUAAUGGGUUUGUUGCUAGAACUUGGAAAGUGCAGUCAAGAAGGUGGUAAGAACGUGCAUUUUAGACUCUGAACUUGGGUGCUAUGGGAUACUCGAGUGGAAUGUCCCGUGGACAAGUGGAAGCAUGUAGCACAGGUCCAGGAGAGAAAGGAGAAGUGAGAGCAGUGUUAGAGCAGUGAUGGUCAGUUAGAUCACUGACAGGGAAAAAAAGGAAGCACUGGGGUCUGAGCUUCAGGGAGUGUCCAUAGCCACAGGGCAGGAGCAGAAAGAGGAGCCAGUUCUGAAGGGGCAGAUAGGGUGUGGCUGUUGCUCAGGAAGCCACAGGAGAGCGAGUGUGUCCAGAAGAAGAGCUCCCUACAGAGAGGUUGAAGACAGUGAGGGCUGGAGGAGCACUGAGUUCUCAGUUUGACAGGGACCUUCUACUGUGCCCUGCAGGGAAGACUGACAGCACCUUGGGAUAAUGCCUUUUAUGGAAGAGGGUCAGAGUCUGUGCGUGGAGCUGGCUGGGUUCUCUUGAACCCACCCCUUGGGACCAUAGAUCUUAUGGGAGCUGAGGGCAGGGCUUGUCUCACUCAGCCUUCUUUCCUCCCUCAGCUCAAUUUGUUUCCCCGGUUCCUGUUCUUCCCCAAGCUGGGAACUCUGGAGACCAAGCAGGAACAACUGUGCUUCGGAUGGUCAGGUGCCAGGACGCUGUGGCAUGUGAGGACCUGUCUGUGGACGACACUGAGCAGAAGUGGAAAGGUCUGACAUUCAGUCAGAGCACCCCAUACUGGAACGUGAUGCUGGAAAAUUGCCACAGCUCGGCCUUGUUGGAAGGUGAGAACAGGAUGAAGAGUUCAGAGUUCACUUUAAAGCAGGAAAUUUCUAAUGGAUCAGAGUCAUCUGAUAGGACAACAGGGGGGCUCUUUGCAGUAGUUCCUGGGGGAACGGAGGCUGGAUAUGUCCAUGAAAAUACUUUUAAGAAGCUAGAAGGGCAACCCUCAGAUGAAGAAGAGAGCAGAGUACAAAGUGAUUUCUUGAGAAUAACAGACAAGGGUAAGAAAAAAUCCAGAAAAGACAGGGAUGAGGAAUAUAAGAAAGUUGGGAAACAUCAAAAUCUUCCCUCCAUUCCUGCUGAACAUGGGGGGACUCUAAAGGGACAGAAGUCCUAUCAGUGUGAUGAAUGUGGGAAAACUUUCAGUUGGAAUUCACACCUCAUUGGUCAUCAGAGAAUCCACACUGGAGAGAAACCCUAUGAGUGUAAUGAAUGUGGUAAGACCUUCAGACAGACUUCUCAGCUCAUCGUUCAUUUGAGAACACACACAGGGGAAAAACCCUAUGAAUGCAGUGAGUGUGGAAAGACCUAUCGGCAUAGCUCCCAUCUCAUUCAACACCAGAGACUCCACAAUGGGGAGAAACCUUAUAAAUGUAAUGAAUGUGGAAAAGCUUUUAAUCAGAGUUCCAAACUCUUUGACCACCAGAGAACUCAUACCGGAGAGAAACCUUAUGAAUGCAAGGAGUGUGGGGCGACAUUUAGUCGGCAUAAAAAUCUUGUCCGACAUCAGGUCCUUCACAGUGGUAAGAAACUUUACAAGUGUAAUGAGUGUGGGAGAGCUUUCUGUUCCAACAGAAAUCUUACUGACCAUCAGAGAAUCCACACUGGAGAGAAGCCUUAUGAGUGUAAUGAAUGUGGCAAGGCCUUCAGUCAGAAUAAAUGCCUUAUUCGACAUCAGAGCCUCCAUACUGGGGAAAAGCUAUACAAAUGUAGCGAAUGUGGGAAAGCCUUCCAUCAGAACUCUCAACUUGCUGACCAUGAGCGAAUUCAUACUGGAGAAAAACCAUUUGAAUGUAUUGAGUGUGGUAAGGCGUUCAGUCUGAGUAAAUGUCUUAUUCGACACCAGAGACUUCACACAGGUGAAAAGCCCUAUAAGUGCAGUGAGUGUGGAAAAUCCUUUAAUCAAAACUCCUACCUCAUUAUACACCAGAGAAUUCACACUGGUGAGAAACCCUAUGAAUGUCAUGAGUGUGGAAAGGUCUUCAGUUUUAGCUCUAGCCUAAUGGUACAUCAGAGAACCCAUACUGGAGAAAAACCCUAUAAAUGUAAUGAUUGUGGAAAAGCCUUCAGUGACAGCUCCCAGCUCCUUGUGCACCAGAGAGUUCACACUGGAGAGAAACCUUAUGAAUGUAGAGAGUGUGGGAAAGCCUUUAGUCAGUGUUCCACUUUUAAUCAUCACCAGCGAACUCACACUGGAGAGAAGCCCUCCAGUCUGACUCAAGUCAGUUUCUUAAGGGCUGGUUCUCUGAGACACAAAGACCUUUGAGUUAAGCUUUCUUUAUAACAAGGAUGCUUUUCCUGGUCUCCCUUUGGAAGAACUAAUCAAUUUGAGUUAUUGCCUGCCUGAUUUCUGUUGGGUCACUAAGAU